AUGAAGCUUCUCGGUCUCCUCGCUGCCGCCGGCCUCUGCCAGGCUCACACCAUUUUCGUCUCCCUUGAGGCCGAUGGAGUCAACAGCGGCGUCUCUCAAGGCAUCCGUACUCCCGAGUAUGACGGCCCUCAAACCGACGUCACGUCCCAGUACAUCGCCUGCAACGGUGAUCCGAAUCCGACAAAGUCAACCGACAAAGUCAUCACCGUCACGGCCGGGUCAACAGUGACAGCCGUCUGGCGCCACACAUUGACCAGCGGACCCGAGGAUGUCAUGGACGCUAGCCACAAAGGACCGACUCUGGCCUACAUGAAGAAGGUCACCGACGCCAAGACCGAUCCCGGUACUGGCGCGGGAUGGUUCAAGAUCCAAGAGGAUGGUCUGAGCAGUGGUGUCUGGGGAACGGAGCGCGUCAUUGGUAAUGCUGGAAAGCAGGCUAUUACUAUUCCCAAGUGCAUUGCCAACGGACAGUACCUUCUCAGAGCUGAGAUGAUUGCCUUGCACGGCGCCAGUUCCUACCCGGGUGCACAGCUGUAUAUGGAGUGUGCUCAGAUCAAUGUUGUUGGCGGGACUGCGGCCAAGAGCCCGUCGACUGUCAGCUUCCCUGGUGCUUACAAGGGAUCCGACCCCGGUAUCACAAUCAACAUCUACUACCCCGUCGUCACGAACUACACGAUUCCAGGACCCGCCAAGUUUGCUUGCUAA